UACAGUGGCUCAGUUGUCAUCAGUCAACAACUCAACAGUAAUCAACCUCUAGAGAUAAACUAGCGGACAAAUUAGUUUUGGAAGGUCAUCAAACAUUAACUUUUUUAUUAUUUCAAGAUAGUGAUUAUCUGUAACGUUUUUUGAAUACUCCGGUACAGGUUAUAUGUUUCUGUUCGAUUGCACCAGUUUCAGCUCAAUAAUCGCUCAAGAACACGAGAAUUUUAUUAGGAGUCUCCAAAACAUGGAAGCGCGACCAAAUCUUGUUACUGAGCCUUCAUGGCAAAAGCUUAACCAAUUUUACAAGGAAUUCGGAUCGAAAAUAAACAUUAUGGAUCUUUUUGCCCAGGACCCGAAAAGAUUUGAGAAAUUUAGCACCAUACUUGAAACUCCUCUUGAUGGCCCAAUUAUGAUAGAUUAUUCUAAAAAUCGUAUCAGUGAUGAAGUUCUUGAACUCUUAUUCCAAUUGGCUAGAGAAAGAGGCGUGGAGUCAGCUAGAGAUGCUAUGUUCACAGCAGCAAAAAUCAAUUUCACUGAAAACCGGUCUGUGCUCCACAUUGCUCUUCGUAACCGGAGUAAUAGACCGAUAGUUGUUGAUGGAAAAGAUGUUAUGCCUGAAGUAAAUGCUGUUCUGGAUCAUAUAAAAUCUUUCUGCGAUUCGGUAAUAUCAAAGAAAUGGAAAGGCUUUAGCGGAAAGCCAAUAGAAGACGUUGUUAACAUUGGAAUUGGUGGCUCAGAUUUGGGACCGUUGAUGGUUACAGAGGCGUUGAAAUCGUAUGCUAUUGGACCAAGGGUGCAUUUUGUGUCGAACAUAGAUGGAACACAUCUUGCUGAGGUCCUGAAGAAGGUCAAUCCUGAGACGACUUUGUUCAUUAUUGCCAGCAAAACUUUUACCACACAGGAAACCAUCACUAAUGCACUUUCGGCAAAAAUGUGGCUUGUUGCAGCGUCUGGUGAUGCAUCAGCCGUAGCCAAGCACUUUGUUGCCCUCUCGACGAAUGCUGACAAAGUAAGGGAGUUCGGAAUCGACACAAACAAUAUGUUUGGAUUUUGGGACUGGGUGGGAGGUCGCUAUUCGUUGUGGUCUGCUAUCGGCUUGUCAAUUGCUCUCAACAUUGGCUACGACAACUUUGUCAAACUGCUGGAAGGUGCACACUACAUUGAUGAUCAUUUUCUCAAUACACCUCUGGAGGAGAAUGUACCAGUUAUUCUGGCAGUGAUAGGAAUCUGGUACAUCAAUUUCUACAAUUCAGAGACACAUGCUCUUCUGCCUUAUGACCAGUACUUACAUAGAUUUGCCGCCUAUUUCCAGCAAGGAGACAUGGAAUCAAAUGGAAAAUAUGUAACACGAAAUGGCGAUCAAGUGUCGUAUUCAACUGGACCCAUAGUAUGGGGAGAGCCUGGUACAAACGGACAACAUGCUUUUUAUCAGCUCAUUCACCAGGGAACAAGACUGAUACCAGCAGAUUUCAUCGCUCCGGCUUGCACGCACAAUCCUAUCGCCGAUGGAAAACAUCACAAGAUUCUUCUUGCCAACUUCCUGGCUCAGACUGAGGCAUUGGCCAAAGGAAAAUCGCGGGAGGAGGCUGCAGCCGAACUGAAGGCUUCCGGAAUGUCAGCUGACCAAAUUGAAAAAAUUCUGCCACAUAAAGUUUUCCAGGGCAACAGACCUACAAACUCCAUCGUUUGCAAGAUGAUCACACCGUUCACUCUUGGCGCACUUAUCGCUAUGUAUGAGCACAAAAUCUUCGUCCAGGGCGUAAUUUGGGAUAUCAACUCAUUCGACCAAUGGGGGGUUGAACUUGGUAAGCAGUUGGCUAAGGCAAUUGAAAAGGAUUUGGAAGGAUCCAAUAAAAUCUGCAACCAUGACCAAUCAACUAAUGGGCUUGUCAACUUUAUUAAGUCAUGCUGCAUCGGAUUGGUAGAGUGCAGCACAGUGCAGGAUGUCCCCCAUCCCCAUCCCCCCCAAUCGUCGCGGACUAGGAGCAGCAAGAGGCAAAAACUCCAACACAAGUAGAUUUAACAGUUUUAGAGCAAUUCAUCUGUACAAAUCAUUGUUCAAAGAGGCAAAAACUUGAAGAGAAAUAGAUUCAACCGAUUAUAAAGCAAUUAGUCUUCUGUAUAUAUUGUUCAAUUUUUAGACUGUAAUUUUAUGUGAAAACAGUUGUUUAAUUUUAUAUGAAGAAAUUUAUAGUUUUGAUAUGUGUGAGGUGCGUCUGGAUCAAUUUGUACGGCCAUUUUGUAAACAAAUACAGAAGAGUUUAUUUUUCAGAUAGA